AUGCCACGUCUUGCAUUAUACAAAGCUCUGCUCCGUGAGAGCACGCGAGUCGGCGCCGCGAUUGAAAGCCCCGCCGUCACCAAAACUCUUCAAUCCUUGAUCCGCUUCCGCUUUCAUCGAGACCGCAAACUGCUUUCCCCUUCACAAAUCGCCAACGGGAUCAAGGCAGGCUAUGGCUCCCUGUCGCUCUUGCGCCAAUGCGCAACGAAAUCGGGCGAUGCUUUGAACAAGCUCAGCCAGACUCUCGAGCAGGUGGCUCUACAAGCCGAAUCAACGUCCGCAUACCGCGCCGAGCUAGCCUCACGGUGGAAACCGCCUCCACCCGACCGGCAUGCCCAUCUAGAGAACCUGCGCCGCGUGGCCAACAAGGCAAACCAUAUUUCCACUCCCGAAAGCCCACGGAUCUUCCAGCACCCUAGACCGAUAUCUGAACUGAAGUCAGGUAUCAGAAAAGUGCCCAAUCUGAUCUUGGCUCAGGGGGUCCCACUUCUGAAAUAUCCAGGCCCUACUCCGGUAUUGAUGAAUAGAGUAUUAAAGAACAAGAUCCUCUGGGGGGUUCGCAAGUGGGCACAGCAUCAGGAUAUCUCAGAAAAGAUUCAGCUUGGUGAAUGGGAAGAUGAGUGGGAUGUAAUCCUUGCACGAGAGCAGGGUAUCACUGAGUCAGAUGAUGCCGCGAACGGGAAUGGUCAGGUAGGGCAGUGGGGAGAACAGGCGGAGAAAGGAGGCGAAAAAACGUCGUCGGUGAUCAAUAUGCGUUUCGUCAAUCCCAAGCGAUACAGCAUCGGAAACGAGAAGAACAACAACCAGCCACCAUCCCGCUCCCUUCCUCCGGCCACGAGAGUCUCAUGGACAUUAGCUCUCCGCCAGGUCGAUCGACAACUCGAACAAGCCGUGCACACGCGCGGACGUCAGUACGCAGAGUUAGGGGACAAGUAUUGGCAGGUUGUGUUGAAGGAGAGGGAGUUGAAGGAAAGAGAGAGGAGGGAGAAGAAGCACGCCAGGAGAAUGGCGAGGAAGCAGGCGACAAGCAUUUUCGGGACCGAAGUGCGCGAUGGGCCUGUCAGCAGCACGUCUUCUGGAUUUAUAUAG